UGAUGCAAAUGCACCACUAAAGCCAUACUUCUUUCCACCUCUGAAUGCCUAUUGAUAUGCAGAUACACUAAAGCCAGGCGAGAUAUUCUGGAAAUAUUACAAUUUCACCGAUAGGGGGCAAGGAAAAGCAGGACUCAAGCCAAGAGUGCAUUUAAGGGAGGAAUUCAGGAAUUCAACAGUGUCACAUAUUUCACUGAUUUGCCCGGCCAGCACCGACCAGAAUAACUGCCGUCUCCCCGGCUCUCCGGUACUUUUUACACGUCUCCUUUGACUUCUUCACCGUUUACCCCGUGGUUUAAUUUCCUCCAAUUAGACGGCGCAAGCAGGGGAUCUGAAUCUUACUCGUUUUUUUUUCCACAGAGCCUUAUACCUACUGCUCAAUUAGUUACAGUGGAAUGAUCCGCAGAAUACUUGGAGACCGAACGAAGAUGCAACCUUCUCAGUAGUUCCACAAACCAAAUUUCCCAAGACACAGCCACAUUGCGCAAGCGCAGAGACCACGCCCCGCGCCCGCCCCGACAAGCACGCAACCGGCUUUCCUCGGAAGGUCUUUGCAUUUGGCGCGAAAUCCCCGCUCUGUGGGCGGGGCUGAGGGAGAAGCCGCGCUCAUUGGGCAGGUUUAGCGCGAAAUCCCAAAACUCCCGCACCACUAUUGGCUCCGGCCGUCCCUUGGCCGAGGAGGCGGGGCGGGGGCGUCGCGCGCAAAGAGCAGUGUUCGUGGAGAAGCGACUCGUGGCUGUCGAGCCCGGCGGCUGUGGCCUCUCUUCGCUGGUCAACGAUGGACCUCGCGGCGUCAGCGGAGCCGGGCGCCGGCAGCCAGCACUCGGAAGUCCGCGACGAGGUGGCCGAGAAGUGCCAGAAACUGUUCCUGGACUUUCUGGAGGAGUUCCAGAACAGUGAUGGAGAAAUUAAGUAUUUGCAAUUAGCAGAGGAGCUAAUUCGUCCUGAAAGAAACACAUUGGUUGUGAGUUUUGUGGACCUGGAGCAAUUUAACCAGCAGCUUUCUACCACCAUUCAAGAGGAGUUCUACAGAGUUUAUCCUUACCUAUGUCGGGCCUUGAAAACCUUCAUCAAAGACCGUAAAGAGAUCCCCUUUGCCAAGGAUUUUUAUGUUGCAUUCCAAGACCUACCUACCAGACACAAAAUUCGAGAACUCACCUCAUCCAGAAUUGGUUUGCUCACUCGCAUCAGUGGGCAGGUGGUACGGACUCACCCGGUUCAUCCAGAGCUCGUGAGUGGAACUUUCCUAUGCCUGGACUGUCAGACAGUGAUCAAGGAUGUAGAACAGCAGUUCAAAUACACACAGCCAAACAUCUGCCGAAAUCCAGUUUGUGCCAACAGAAGGAGAUUCCUGCUGGAUACAAAUAAGUCUAGAUUUGUUGACUUUCAAAAGGUCCGUAUUCAAGAGACUCAAGCUGAGCUUCCUCGAGGGAGUAUCCCCCGCAGUUUAGAGGUGAUCCUGAGGGCUGAAGCUGUGGAGUCAGCUCAAGCUGGUGAUAAGUGUGACUUUACAGGGACACUGAUUGUUGUGCCUGACAUCUCAAAGCUUAGCACACCAGGAGCCCGUGCAGAAACUAAUUCCCGUGUCAGUGGUGUUGAUGGAUACGAGACAGAAGGCAUUCGAGGACUCCGGGCCCUUGGUGUUAGGGACCUUUCAUACAGGCUGGUUUUCCUUGCCUGCUCUGUUGCACCAACCAACCCAAGGUUUGGAGGGAAAGAGCUUCGAGAUGAAGAGCAGACAGCUGAGAGCAUUAAGAACCAAAUGACUGUGAAGGAGUGGGAGAAAGUGUUUGAAAUGAGUCAAGAUAAAAACCUAUACCACAAUCUUUGUACCAGCCUGUUUCCUACUAUACAUGGUAAGGGUUCUAUCCAUUUGUGGCAUGUGGAAGAGUUCAGCCCCAGGGCUGUCUACACCAGUGGCAAAGCAUCCAGUGCUGCCGGCUUAACAGCAGCUGUUGUGAGAGAUGAAGAAUCUCAUGAGUUUGUCAUUGAGGCUGGAGCGUUGAUGCUGGCUGAUAAUGGUGUAUGUUGUAUUGAUGAAUUUGAUAAAAUGGAUGUGCGGGAUCAAGUUGCUAUUCACGAAGCUAUGGAACAGCAGACAAUCUCCAUCACUAAAGCAGGAGUGAAGGCUACUCUGAAUGCUAGGACAUCCAUUUUGGCAGCGGCAAACCCAGUCAGUGGACACUAUGACCGGUCAAAAUCGUUGAAACAGAAUAUAAAUUUGUCAGCUCCCAUCAUGUCCCGAUUUGAUCUUUUCUUUAUCCUCGUGGAUGAAUGUAAUGAGGUUACAGACUAUGCUAUUGCCAGACGUAUAGUAGACUUGCAUUCAAGAAUUGAGGACUCAAUUGAUCGUGUCUAUUCCCUUGAUGAUAUCAGGAGGUAUCUUCUCUUUGCAAGACAGUUUAAACCCAAGAUUUCUAAAGAGUCAGAGGACUUCAUUGUGGAACAGUAUAAGCGUCUCCGCCAGAGGGAUGGUUCUGGAGUAACCAAGUCUUCAUGGAGGAUUACAGUGCGACAGCUUGAGAGCAUGAUCCGUCUCUCUGAAGCAAUGGCUCGAAUGCACUGCUGUGAUGAGGUCCAGCCCAAACAUGUGAAGGAAGCUUUCCGGUUACUGAAUAAGUCAAUCAUCCGUGUAGAAACUCCUGAUGUUAAUCUAGAUCAAGAAGAAGAGGCCCAGAUGGAGGUAGAUGAGGGCCCAGGUGGCAUCAAUGGUCAUGCUGACAGUCCUGCUCCUGUGAAUGGAAUCAAUGGCCACAGUGAAGACGUAAACCAAGAUUCUGUUCCAAAAGCCUCCUUAAGACUGAGUUUCUCUGAAUACUGCCGAGUCUCUAACCUUAUUGUGCUUCACCUCAGAAAGAUGGAAGAAGAAGAGGAUGAGUCGGCAUUAAAGAGGAGUGAGCUUGUUAACUGGUACUUGAAGGAAAUCGAAUCAGAGAUAGAUUCUGAAGAGGAACUUAUAAAUAAAAAGAGAAUCAUAGAAAAAGUCAUUCAUCGACUCACUCACUACGAUCAUGUUCUAAUUGAGCUCACGCAAGCUGGAUUGAAAGGCUCCACCGAAGGAAGUGAGAGCUAUGAAGAAGACCCCUAUUUGGUAGUUAACCCUAAUUACUUGCUUGAAGAUUGAGAUACUGAAAAGAACUAACCAGAGAAACUGGCCCUCUACCACUUGCCUGGAAUAUGGAAGGAGGCCUGCUAGCAAGAGAAAUGUUUCUGGGAGUGAUGCUUCAGGAAGAUUUUGAGGAACGAGAACCUAGUUGAUGGACUUGUGUGUCACAUUCCUGUUGGUGUUUCUAUACCAACACAGGCUUUAGCAUUUUGUUUAGUGUCCUUCCUGUCUAAAUAAAGUUGGAAACCAUUAGUGUGUGAUUUCUGUAAUUGAGACCUUUGUUUUCAUGUACAGCAAAAAGUCCAUUACUUUUAUUGUGUGUGGUGUCACAUUGGAGAAAUAACAUUUUUCACUUGCCAACUUCUGCUUUUUUUCAUCAAAAUAAAAUAACCUGUUCUAGA